GGCGGGCCGGAAAGCGACGACCUAAGGCUGACGCGGCGGGACCCGGCUGAGCUCCGGCCGCCAUGGAGCGGGAUGGGGAGCAGCUGUCCGCGCGCCCGGCUCUCGAGACGGAGGGCCUGCGUUUCCUGCACGUCACUGUGGGCUCUCUGCUGGCCACCUACGGCUGGUACAUCGUCUUCAGCUGCAUCCUUUUGUACGUGAUCUUUCAGAAGCUUUCCACCCGCCUGCGAGCCUUGAGGCAGAGGCAGCUGGACCGAGCCGCGGCUGCUGUGGAACCUGAUGUUGUUGUGAAACGACAAGAGGCCUUAGCAGCUGCUCGCCUGAAAAUGCAGGAAGAACUCAACGCACAGGUGGAAAAGCAUAAGGAAAAACUCAGACAGCUCGAAGAAGAAAAGAGGAGACAGAAGAUUGAAAUGUGGGACAGCAUGCAAGAAGGAAAAAGCUACAGAGGAAAUGCCAGAAAGCCUCAGGAAGAAGACAGCCCUGGGCCUUCUACCUCAUUAGGCAUUCCAAAACGAAAGCCCGACAGAAAGCCUCUGCGAGGAGGUGGUUACAACCCUUUGUCUGGGGAAGGAGGCGGAGCCUGCUCCUGGAGACCUGGACGGAGAGGCCCCACGUCUGGUGGAUGAGGCUAAGAGACCUUGCUGGUGCCCACUUGGGCACUAAGCAAGGUGAACCCUUCAACCUCCCCCCUUCGAUUGCCUUAACGCACGCUUUUUCACAGUGACUACAAAAGCCCAGGGGACAUCAGGUUUAUUUCUGUUCUUAACCUCCAGCUGCAUCUUUAGGAGUUGAAGUUUGCAUUGCCUAUUGCCCACUAGGUGGCAGCAGUUGGUCACUUCAGUUACCACUGACUUGGUCUUUCACAUGGGUAAGCUAUAGCCAGUAGAUAACAAAAGAAACCUAAAGCAACAAUCCUUACAGCUGUUUGAGGUCCUUAUUGUGACAAGGACAGUCUCUGUGACAGGUGGCGUUGAAUGACGUCUUCCUUGUAAAUGGUGAGCCCACCAGCAAGGAUUACUGAGGCUGACGGUGAUGGGGUUGGGGUUUUUUCUGUAUUUAUUUCCAUGUACAGAAAACUUUGUGAAAUAAAAACUUUCAAAACUGCAAAAA